AUGAAGAAUUUAUUCAAGAGCAAGACUACUACCAAGGUCAAUUUGGAAGAGAUUGCUAUCAAGGAUUGGACCAGUGAGAAUUUUAAACAAUGGCUCACUGAUCAAGCCUAUGAUAAAAAGUCAGUUAUUGCACCUCUCGUAAAACAACAAUUUGAUGGAGGUUCAAUCAUUAACUUCAAGGUUGAAGAUCUCACUGAAGCUGGUAUUGCCAAAGGAAGCGCUCUUUCAAUCUUUAACAAAAUUGAAGAGCUGAAGAAGAAACAAAUUCAAACAGGUCUCUUGGCUGACACUUCAGGUGCUUCCAUUGUACAAUUACCAACAAGUGCCACUACUUCGAACACUACAACCACACCACAAAGAACGUCCAUUCCUCAACAAACACCUGUCACUCCUUCAACCACAACAACAAACAACACCACAACAACAAAUCAAGGUGGUGACGAUGAUGAAAGGGAUGACUAUUCCUCUGACUAUGCCGGUAAAUAUAAAGAAAUUUUGAGCAAUCCAAACAAGAAGACUGAAGAGGAAGAGGAGGAUGACAAGGAAUUGGCUCGUGAUUUGGAAAAUCGUCCUACUUCAUCUUUACCAACUACAACAUCAUCAGGGUCUUAUCUUCCAACGGCCAGUAAGAGCAGCUCUACUUCAGUACAAUCUUUCAAUCAAGUACCAGAAGCACCAAUGUGGAACCUUGACGAUUUCUCCUUCAACCAAAGACAAAACUUUGAUUUUUGCCUUCAAAAAUUGGACAAUCUACGUGCACAAUAUGAUACUAAUAUUAUUAACACAAUUUGCCAAAACUUGGUUUUCCCUGAGAGAUUCCGUUACAAGUACCUCAACCCACAACGUUUACCAAUUUAUGAAAACAAAAAGAAGAAUGAAUCAUUCAUGAAAGUCAAGAUGGUGGUGACGGAAAUGGGUGACGGUGCUGCUCACAGAUUUGUACGAAGAUUUGGUUCAAUGUUUAAGAACUCAACUAUUCAACAAAUGGAAUACGGAAUGUUCCACACUGCUUUAAUUAUUGGCCCAUGGUAUAUCGAGUGGGGAGAUUCAUCAAUUGCCGUUGUAAGAAGCAAAUCUAGUUCUAAGGCUGUUUUUGCAGUUGACGUUACUAAAAUUGUUGGAUUGGAAAAUGUUGCAAAGGCCAUCGAUAAAACUGCUUCCAUUUGCGCUCACUGGAAUGCACACAAGACCUAUGACAACAAGUCCUGUAACUGCCAACACUUUGCAACUGCUGUUUUGGAAUAUCUUGGUCUUAGACAAGACUUUGAAAAUAAUAUUAAGGGACCAAUGCGUGUUUAUAUGGAUCGUCUGAAAAACGACGGUGUCUGUGACAUGAGAUACCACCUUGAACCAACCAUUAAGGACGUGAUCGUGAACAGUGAUUGUAGCGAGGAAUUGAAAAAGUUUGCCAGUGGAAAGUCUGUCACUUUCAAGACACAUAAAAUGUUGGACGAAUUUGUGGCCACUAUUCAAAAACACAAGCCACUCUAUUUCGAUGCUGCAGGAAAGUAUGACUACAUGUUACUCAAAUCAUUUGACAGAGCUUUCUGGCUUCGUAGCCAAUCCUCAAAAGAGGCAAACAAUCCUGAUGUUCACGCAUGGACUGCAGAGAACGGAGAUGUUUUGUGUCCUUUCAAUGCCAGUAUUGGUUCAGAAGUUAACAACACCAUUGUUGGUAAAGAUUAUGAAGUCGAAGAUGUCAAGAUUCCACUCCCUGUUUUCAGAAAGAAGUAA